AUGCAAGCCUUGUUGAGUGUUUUUAAUAAGAGUGGAAUUGUUGACUUUGCCAAGGUGUUGGCUGACGCUGGCUUCUCAGUGAUCUCAACUGGUGGCACUGCAAAGUCAUUGGUGGAGGCUGGUCUGAAGGUGGUCCAAGUGUCCGAUAUCACAGAGUACCCAGAGAUGCUUGACGGUCGUGUCAAGACCCUGCACCCACGCGUGCACGGUGCCCUGCUUGCCAGGACCGACCUGCCCGAGCAUCAGGCCGACCUCAAGAAGCACAACAUCAACCCAAUCCAGUUGGUCGCUGUCAACCUCUACCCAUUCGUCGAGACCAUCUCCAAGCCCAACACAACCUUGGCUGAUGCCCUCGAGAACGUCGACAUUGGUGGUCACACCCUUAUUAGCUUCAUCAAAGAACUUCAAGCACGUGAUCAUUGUCGUCGACCCAACAGACUAUGCAUGGAUCGGAGAGAGAAUUAA